GAUAAAUCAAUCAUAAUUCUAAAUGUAUCUACAGCUACUUAAGACAUAAUGUACAGUCUGUGAUCUGAGGACUGAACUCAGUGAAAGGUGUUUACGAAAAGACUGAAGAAAAUACUCCAGCCAGAGGGAGACCUAUUCAUUCAAGCAUUAUCUUUUUUUACAUCUCCCUUCAGUUCAUUAUUUACAGUAAAACAACAACUCUUUUUGUUUGAUGCAUCAUCACUCUCACAUGGGAUGUUAGUGAGAACAAGCUGAGUGCUUCAAGUUGUAAAGUGAAGAGGACAGUAACUUUGCCAAACACAGGGCUGUGGAGGCUAAAGAGGAGAGCCAUGGAAAAAGUAAAUGAAGAUGGAACAGGGGAGGUGAAUUCACAGAUUGCUCAGUUGCAGGCACUGGCUGUUGAGCUGAAGUGUGAGUUCCUUGAGGCCAUGCAGGAGCUGUCUAAUAUCCAGCAAGGGGAUCACAGCCUGGAGGAGAAGAUAAAGUGCUAUGAGAAUGAAAUGGAUGAAAAACUGAUGGGGAUUAAGAAUUCAUUCAACACUUUUAAGGAGGAGCUCAGCAGUGCCUUGUCACAGAUUAACAAGAUCAACCACAGGCAGAGAGAGAUGCAGAGGAACUUUGAACUCUUCCAGAUGAAGAUGGAAAGAGAAGUCCUUUCAUCUUUACAUAGAAAAAGCCAGAGAGAGGAUGGUGUAACAGAAGGCAACCUGACAGAACUCAAUGUGAUGCAGCACUAUUUUGCAAGUCUAUCCAACAAUUCUACUGUUCAAAAAGAAACAGACAUGAACGAGGGAUAUCAUCAAGCAUUGCAUUCACAUGAGCAUCAUCAAAGAGGCCACUCCAGGUCACCAGUGUGGAUAGAACGCAAGGACACUAAAGGCUAUGCUGAUGGACCACUCUUCACGGCCAAUGGGGAUACCUUCAAAGAGCCUGCUAGAAUCCAGUCCAGCUCUCUGGAGGGUGGCCAACAAGAUAACUCAUUGUCAAACAAGAGACAGAAUGCUGCUUUGGAGCUGCUGGAAUCUGAGAGAGUGUACGUGUCCUACCUAUCAUUAUUGCUGAAGGCCAAUAUUCAUUUUAAUGGAUCAGAAGCAAUACGUGCCAAAGAUAAAAGACCCUUCCCCAGUUCUCUGCGAUUCCUUAUUCAACAACAUCUGAAUUUGCUUCACAUUCUGCAAGACCGAGUCUUGAAAUGCCAGUGGCAGGGCAUCAUGGGGGAUAUAUUUAUGAAGUUAACAAGCAAGGAGAGUGAUUUCCUUGAUUAUUAUAUUGCGUAUCUGAAGGAGUUGCCUGAAUGCCUUUCUGUUGUGAACAUGUACUGCUCCAGUUCCCACAAAACUACAAGCCUUUUUGAGGGAGAGAUCUCAGGGGAUGAGCAUCAGCCUUCCCUGCACUCCCUGCUCCUUCAGCCAAUGCAGCGUGUCCCAGAAUACAUUUCACUAUUACAGAACUUGUUGAGACACACUGAUCCAGAGCACCCUGAUUACUACCUGUUACUGAUCUGUAUCCAGCAGCUCCAAUCCUUCGUGUCCCAGAGCAGUCAGCUGCUUCAGUAUAAUGAAGCCCUGCUGACUCAGGACAGGAAAGACUUGAAGAGGUCUUCAUUAAAACAGCUUUGCAAGACUACUGAAUGCUCCAGGGAGUGGGGGGUUCAGUCUGAAGAGAUAGGACCCACAUUCACUCCUAGCUCUGCAUUAAUACCAAAGAUAACCCAGGUAAAGAGAAGCAAGCAAAAGUUACUGGAACAAAUCCAAUGCACAAGACCACAUGGCUGGCUGUCAGACAGCAGGAAGUACGACAAAGGCGAGAGUCUCAACCAAGGGGUGCUUUACAGCCCUGACAUUGAGCAGAGAUUGAGAUCGCCGACUCUGCAGGUUAUCCCUGAGACUGAGCUAGAGAGUGGUUCCCUGGAGCACCUGCCCUGCAAGAGAUCCCCCUGCAGCCCCCUUGGUGCCCUCCAGGCCAGCAGCAAGAGUAUUUCCGACUACGACAGCUUCUUUCUCCGGGAGGAGCCGCUGGGCCUGGAGAGCUUGUGUGAAGAAGACGGGGAGUCUCUCCAGAACGCAUCUCUCUUUGAUAACUGCUCCACCGCCUCCUCGGACUCCAGCCUGGACAUCGCCUUCAUCAGCACCAAGAACUACACCAGUGAGUCGUACGUGUUGGGCUGUCAGCUGUCAGGGAGGACCCUUGUCUCUCCAGAGGACCCGGGUCUCUACAGGCACAUGCAGGUCCAGGCUGUUCAGAGUAAAAGUAAGUCACUGAACAGCCUCCAGCUAGACAGCACCUGCACCGCAUCCGAUGCUGAUGUCAAGACCGCACUUGGUAACAGCCCACAGAGUAACGGCAGCAGAGGCAGCCAGCACACCAAGCUGGAGACGCCUGCCCCCAAGGGUCCCGCUGCACAAAAACUCCAGAGGAGCCUCAACCCCCCUCAGAAACGGGAGAGCGAAAACCGAGCAGCUGCUGAAGAAGACUUGUCAAGGGGGGAAUCAGACAAGGAGACUAGUGCCAUAACCAUGCACGAAGACGUAGAAUUGAAAAGCAGCACACAAGAAAACGACCAGACUGGGUUCAGUGAACGAAACAGGAAUCAAGAGCAGAAAGGAGGAUUUAGAAGCUCCUUCCGGAAAUUGUUCAAGAAAAAGUCAAGCAGUUCAGAAGGCAAAGAAAAGGGGAAUGACAAAUCAACAGUGGAGCCGACAGCCAUUUCUUAUCAAGAAUUAACAAAGACUCCUCGAUCUGCUCGUAGUGGAGAUCUAGACAGUGGAACUGCAGUCUGAAGAACAGCUCACCCACGUUACAAUCAUGCCUUUACUAAAUAUUAGCGCUAUAGAAAAUAAGAAAUGUAACAAGACAAAAAAGAAACACUAUAACACUGUUAGCAAGGACUGUACUGAUUUAAUGAGACAAAUCCGCAACGAGUUCAAAUUCUUCAGAGAUACCGGACAAUUGCUUAAUGAUUACCACCUCUAAUGUCUUUAAAACAAUUGGGGAGUAAAUCUGUUUAGUUAACUAAAAAGCCGACUAAAUAGCAGUAACUACACUAAGACACCACUCAGGAAUUAUUCUGCUCAUUAAAAACACAGCAUCAAUGUUCUGCAUUUUGACUGUACUUGCUUCUACCGAAGACUUAAUUUCUUAAUGUCUUUUCAAAACUAUUAAAAACCUUAAAUGGGAUGCAUCAAAAGAGUCAUAUUGUGGCACUCAAGAGCUAUCUGUUGUACAGCCCAGAGUCGUUACUUUUGAGGCUUGUGAACAUCAGUAAUUGGAUAUCACAGCACCUUGCCAACUGUCUUACUCAUUAUGACUGCCACUGCCACAGAGAGCUCGAUCUUUUAUAUAACACAUGUCAGGGAUUCCAUUUACAUCACAAAUGAGUCAGCCACGUGAAACCCAGCUGACUGACAAAAACAUGUGCGCUGCGGAUGUUUCUAAUUAUACAGUCUAAUCCCCAUAUUAUAAACACACUGGGCUGUGCUCCAGUCGGUCUAAAUGGCUUUCCAUUUUCUCAUCUCUUGUUAGCACUAGCAAAAUUAUCACUGGUCCCCCUUUUCCUUGUGUUGAAGAUCCUUUGGAUGAUUGCUAGUUUUUAUUAACUAUGCAGGUACAGUGCCGUGAAAAAGUAUUUACCCCGUCUGAUUUUCUGCAUUUUUGCAUAUUUUUGACACUGAAUGUUAUCAGAUCUUCAACCAAAACCUAAUAUUAGAUAAAAGAGAGCGAGUGAACAAAUAACACAAAAAUUUGAUACAUAUUUAAUUUAUUUAUGAAAGUUAUGCAACACCCAAUGCCCCAGUGUGAAAAAGUAAUCGCCCCCUUAGACUCAAUAACUGGUUACGCAACCUUUAGCAGCAAUAACUGCAACCAAACGCUUCCUGUAGUUAUUGAUUAGUCUCUCACAGCACCGUGGGGGAAUUUUGGCCCACUCCCCCAUGCAGAACUGCUUCAACUCAGUGACAUUUGUGGGUUUUUGAGCAUAAACUGCUCGUUUCAGGUCCUGCCACAACAUCUCAAUGGGGUUUAGGUCUGGACUUUGACUAGGCCAUUCCAAAACUUUAAAUUUCUUGUUCAACCAUUCUGAUGUAGACUUGCUUGUGUGUUUCGGAUCAUUGUCUUGCUGCAUGACCCAGCUGCGCUCCAGCUUCAGUUCACGGACGGAUGGCCUGACAUUCUCCUGUAGAAUUCUCUGAUAUAGAGCAGAAUUCAUGGUUCCUUAAAUGAUGGCAUGGCGUUCAGGUCCUGAUGCAGCAAAGCAUCCCCAAACCAUGACACUACCACCACCAUGCUUGACCAUUGGUAUGAGGUUCUUACUGUGGAAUGCAGUGUUUGGUUUUCGCCCAUCACGGCCAAAAAGUUCCACUUUCGACCCAUCUGUCCAUAGAACAUUGUUCCAGAACUAUUGAGGAUCAUCCAGGUGCUUUUUGGCAAACUUGAGACGAGCAUUCAUGUUCUUCUUAGUGAGCAAUGGUUUCCGCCUUGCUACUCUGCAUGAAUUCCAUUUUUGCCCAGUGUCUUUCUGAUGGUGGAGUCAUGAACACUGACCUUAGCCGAGGCGAGAGAGGCCUGCAGAUCCCUGGAUGUUGUUCUAGGGUUCUUUGUGACUUCCUGGAUGAUUUUACGCCUUGCUCUUGGAGAGAUUUUGGCAGGACGGACACUCCUGGGAAGAUUCACUACUGUCCCAAACUUUCUCCAUUUGGACAAUAUGGCUCUGACUGUGGUUCGGUGAAGCCCUAGAGCCUUAGAAAUGGCUUUGUAACCCUUUCUAGACUGACAGGCAUCAACAACUUUUUUCCAGAGAUCUUCAGGAAUUUCUUUUGUUUGUGACAUGAUGUGCCUCUAGAACCUGUGUGCUGACAACUUCACUCUGAAGGUAAGGGCCAAAGUUAGUCAGAUUUAUAUUGGGCAGGGCUGGCCCAAAUCAGGCCUGGUUGUUAACCAAAGGACUCAAACAGCUGAGCCUAAUUAUCCCUUUAAUUGGGUUGAGUUAACUAGGGAGGGAAAUAACUUUUUCAUACCUGAAGAUUGCAUAUUUGAUUACCUUGCACACCAAACAAAUGAAAGAAGAACUAAACUUUGGUGUAAUUCUUUCUCUAAGAAUCCCUCUAGGUACUAGUACAACCCACAAAAAAAAACUGACCAAAUACAAUGUGAAAAAUGUGCAAAAAUGCAGAAAAUCAGACAUUUUCACGGCACUGUAUGUCAAAGGGAGAGCUAUAGAAUUAAAAGCUUGCUGCUGCAUCCCAGGACCUAAAGUAAUGUCCCCCCGGUGCUGCAAGUCACUAAUUGCAUUGAUUUAUGUGACCUACAGUACGGCAGUGGAAGUGAUUAGGUACUAGGAAGAAGGGGUUUAAUACAUCGUUUUGACCUCAUGAUGCAAUGUACAGUAUUUAUUUUUAAAGAUGACAGCAAUGUCCAUUCAUGAUUUGGGGAAACCUGUAACCAUAAAACACUAUUUAAGGC